CGGCUUCCUCCUUUGGCGAGGAACGGAAGCUCAGAAAAACGGGGAGGGGACAAAAAGAAAAAUGAAAGGGAGGCGGGCGCUUGGAGGGUCUCUGGGGCCUCGUUAUGGGCGCCGUCGGGAAGCCUUGCCGACACUCUUGAGGCGAACGGCGAAGAUGCCUUGAAGGAGAACUUGGAGUUUCAUUGCGUAGCAUGUUUGCGUAAACGGGAAAGAAGGAAGUGGUUGUGCUUUUUGUGAGAUUUGGUUUCCCUUACCUGGAGUAAAAAUGUCACUGUAUCCUUCUCUGGAAGACCUGAAGGUAGACAAAGUAAUUCAGGCUCAGACAUCCUUUGCUUCAAACCCAGCUAAUCCAGCAAUUCUAUCUGAAGCUUCAGCACCCAUUUUACAAGAUGGAAAUUUAUAUCCUAAACUGUAUCCUGAACUUGCCCAGUAUAUGGGUAUAAGUUUGAAUGAUGAGGAAAUUCAGAGAAACCUGACAAUGGUUCCUGCAAAUUCACAGGGGCUUGUUGCAAGACGUUCUGCAUCAGAUUACAUGGUAGCUCCAGUAACUGGAAAUGAUGUUGGAAUUCGUCGGGCAGAAAUUAAGCAGGGGCUCCGUGAACUGAUCUUGUGUAAAGAUCAGGAAGGAAAAAUUGGACUUCGUCUUAAGUCAGUGGACAAUGGUGUCUUUGUUCAGCUGGUUCAGGCAAACACCCCAGCCGCACUGGCUGGCCUGCGAUUUGGAGACCAGAUUCUGCAAAUAAAUGGCGAAAAUUGUGCUGGAUGGAGUUCUGAUAAAGCUCAUAAAAUAUUGAAACAAGUUUCUGGAGAGAGAAUUUCCAUGAUAAUUCGAGACAGGCCUUUUGAACGGACUAUUAUCAUGCACAAGGACAGUACAGGACAUGUUGGCUUUAUUUUCAAAAAUGGAAAAAUAACUUCAAUAGUUAAAGAUAGUUCUGCUGCAAGAAAUGGACUUCUUACUGAACACAGCAUUUGUGAAAUUAAUGGACAGAAUGUAAUUGGUCUGAAGGAUUCCCAGAUUGCAGACAUAUUAUCAACAGUUGGAAAUGUAGUGACCAUUACUAUCAUGCCUUCCCAGAUCUAUGAACACAUAAUAAAAAGGAUGGCUUCAAGUAUUAUGAAAAGCUUGAUGGAUCAUACUAUUCCUGAAGUCUAAAAUUCAUUUUGGAUGCAUUUGUAAUUGAGACACUGCUAAACAUGGCUACUAUGUCUUUGCAAUAUUUACAUUCUGCACAUGAGCCUUUCUUUGACAUGAGAUGCUGCAUUGAGCAUUUAUAAUUACAUUAUGUCUGGGAAUUUCAAGAAAAACCUUGCUCACAUUUUGCAUUGUAUAUUCAUCAUGCUACUUUGACAAAACAUAUAGUUCUUUCAUAGGGUUGUAUUAUAUAGAUCAGGAUAAUUUCUGUCAUUAAAAAAUGGAAAAAAACAAUGUUUGAAAGCAUCUAGUAUUUGCUUUCUUUGAUCCAGAUAUACUGCUGCUCUUUGUACUUUUUCAGAUUCAUUUUUGUACUGCAUCUACCAGUAAGAAUAUAACUUAGUGUUAAUUAACUGAUUUUAGUAAUCUUGUUUACAAAAAGCAUGCUGGUUAAACUGAGCAUAGCUUGUAUUUAUCAUUCCAUAACUAUUUUAAAAUAAUGUUUGUCUUUUUGCUGUCUUAUAAAAUUGUUCUAAUAUGCUUAUAUUGUGUUGCCUUAAUCCUCUUAAAACAAAUAAAGUUGCAAAUAUAUUCACUUCCUAAA